AUGAUGGGCCCCCACAUCAAGGAUAUGGCCACCCCUCUCAUGGCGUGCUGCCCCAUCAAGGAUAUAAUAAUUUUGGUGGGCUCUCACAUCAUCGAGGUGGCGGUUCUAUACUCGGUGGGCCUUCAUAUCAGGGAGAUCGUCCCUUUAAUCUUAGUGGGCCCCCACAACGAUAUUGGGGCAAUCCCAAUCGUGUUGGAAGCCCACAUCAAGGAUAUAACAAUGACCCCUAUCUUUGUGGGCCCUCACAACAAGAAUAUAAUGAAGAUCGGAAUCUCGGUGAACCUCUACAUCAGAGAAAUGCAGCUCCCCAUCUUCGUACUUUUAAGUCGCUAUGACAGAACGUCGUUAGACCCAGAAGACGGCUACGUUAGGUCUCCACGAGCUCAGUCGUGUAGCUUAAAUUCGAAUCCUGCCAGAUAUCGCGGCACGCGGAACCCUUCGACUAGCAGUAACGAAAGUGCUAAAUCUGAUCGGGUGCUGUACAAAAACUUCAACGAUCGGGUGUGUGACAAGACAGAAAGCAAUCCGUGGGAUGUUCGAAGCAAAGAUGGAUGGAGCGGCCGAGCGCGAGCUGGCAAUGGUCAAUCUCCCUUCGGGGAAAGCCACCAAACAAAUAAAGACACUACAUCAAACGUAAACAGAGCUGAUUUAAAUUACUCAUCUCGAGAUUCAAGUUUACGAGGAGAGCAUGUUCGGAGUGGUGGAGGAUAUACAAGUGAAGGUUUACCAUCUUUAACUUUUCGUAGCAUAACAGCUGAGUUAGAAAUCCUAUCCACCUUCACCUCAGCCAGCCAUCUGAAGGAGACAGUCAAACUAAGUUUAGAAACUUCAGAUAAAGUGGACGUUGAUUUUGUCAGAGAUUCAAUCAUCUGUGGAGAAAACAGAGGGCUUUGUACUCUGAUCAUUCAGACAGAUAGCAAGCAGUUAGCCAAACGUGUGGUGAAGAAUUUGUGCCAAAAUAUUAGAAAAAAACUUGGAGCUAAAGUAUCUUUUGUCAUCUCCAGCUCAGAAGAUGACAUGGCAGCCAAGCAAGAAGAAAUGCCACGUCCAUCUAGACCAAUCGAUAGAAGACGCCAAAAGGCAGCUGACAUUCUCUCAAAUAUUGGCCAUUAUUCUGGAACUUUCGAGUCAAACUUUGUUAUUGAGAAUGUCGAAGAUGUUAAAAGUGACUUUGCACAAACACCUUCAGCAAAAAGUUGCAUCAAAGAAAAAACUCCAACACCUAUCCCCACAAAGAUUGUUGUAACAAUUGGCAGAAGUUUCACAGACAAGAACAGCGUACAUGAAUUCAUGAGGAAAGCAACAGAUGAAAAAACAGAUUCUUUUCAAGUUGUUGAAGAAUCCAUUGCAAUGUCAGCCACUAAGACACUGUUGGAUCUCUUGGCCCCUAGCAAGGCAGCUGCUGCAAGGAUAGUUAAAAAGUUAAACGCGUUUCAGCUUGAUGAUGUGGUUGUCAGAUCAAACAUUGCAUCAGAUAAAACAGCAAAAGAUACUAAGACACUUCACGAUCAGAUAUUUGAAAAUGUAGAAAAGAUGUGUCUUCAGGCAUUAGAAAAUCAUCAAAAUAAAAUAGAGAAUUAUGAAAAAGCUUUUAAUAUCAUACAGGCAAAUUCAAAUGUAAGAGUUGGACAACAGAAUGAUGAAGAUGAAGAUGAAAUAUUGGCAUUCAGAAAUAAAUUACAAGAAGCAAUCAAACAAAAAUGUGUUUUUGAAGAUUGGAGGAAAGUUUUUCAAGAAAAGAUUAAAAACUCAAACAUUUCUAACGAGAUAUUGAAAGUUUUCCACCAAGAGACAGUGACAGAAUGCAACCGUUUAGCUGCAGGACUGCCUGUAUAUGCAAAGAAGAAGGACAUUGUGGACCUGGUGAAAAAAAAUCAAGUCUCUGUCAUACUUGGUGAGACAGGCUCAGGAAAAAGUACCCAGAUAGCCCAGUACCUGUACGAGGCUGGUCUAGCAGGAAGUGGUGCUAUCAUCUGUACACAGCCUCGUAAAGUGGCGGCCAUAAAUCUUGCUGAAUGUGUGGCUAAAGAGUUGGGUGAAAAACCUGGCCACUUGGUUGGUUAUGACAAUGGUAUCAAAAGGCUGGUCGCAGACUACAGUAAAAUUAUAUAUUCUACAGACCUCUGUCUGUUAAACGAGUACAUCCACGAUCCUGUUUUGUCAAAGUACUCCUGCAUCAUAGUGGAUGAAGCAAAUGAACGUAGCGUUUACACUGAUAUUGUACUAGGUCUGAUCAAGGAAAGUUUGGCUAAUAGACAAGACUUGAAGCUGGUAAUUCUUUCAGCUCUGCAGGAUUCUGACAUCUUCUGUCAGUACUUUGAAACAUCUUCAGUGCUGGAGGUAUCAGGGAAGCCAUUUUCUGUGGAGGUUGUGUAUGAAGGUAAUGAGGAUUCAGUGGAGUUUGAAGAUCAUGAGAUGAGAGCUGUUUCUAAAGCCAUCCAUGUGCACAAGACUGAAGGUCCAGGGGAUGUUCUGGUCUUCUUGGCAUCUCCAGCAGAAGUUCUAAGAUGCUGUGAAGAGUUAGAAAGGCAGUUAGUAGGCAUGAACAACUUCAAAUGUUUUCCUCUGCAUGACCAAGUUUCUCCAGAUGAGCUUAAAAAAGUGCUCCAGAAGUUGCCAGAAAGUGUUAGAAAAAUUGUUCUGGCCACAAAUUGUGCAGAAACUGUAUUCCCUAUAGGUGGAAUCAAAUACGUCAUAGACACAGGUCUGGUAAAAGAAAUGAAGUAUGAGCACAGGAAAAAGAUACAUAGUCUAGCUACACACAUCAUUAGCAGGAGCUGUGCUGAUCAGAGAAAAACAAUCGCUGGACUAGCAGCUACUGGCAAAUGCUACAGACUCUACACUGAAGAAAGUUAUAACACAAUGAAGGCUGUCAGUGAUCCUGGUUUGUUGAAAGAAAAUUUAGCCAAACCUUUCCUCAAACUUACAGAGAUGAAAAUAGAUUAUGUCACCUUUAACUUUAUUAAACCACCUCCCAUGGAAGCUUUUGAAUCAGCACUAAGCCGCCUGCAAGAUUUUGGAGCAUUUUCCUACAUUGGACUGAAAGAGUUAGGCCGAUGGAUUUCACUGCUACCUUUUGAGCCCAGUCAGGGAUAUCUCAUUUAUGAAGGCUAUAAACAGAAUCUUCUGUAUGAGUCUGUAGUUCUGGCUGCACUAAUCAACAGUGGGAUGGACAUAUUUGCUGGCUCUCAGGUACCAGCUGAUACAGGCGCCAUCUCCCCUUAUGGAGAUCUCUUUAGCUGGUUUGAGCUGUACCGUCUGUGGAUCACAAGUCCUCCAAAAGAGAGACUUAAAGUCUGUAAAAAGCAUAACAUCAGCCACAAAGUGCUGCACAUUGUUAAAAUCUGUAUUGCUGAAAUAGCGACUAUUGUAGAAAACUCCAUGAAUCUUAAGCUUGAUUCCAAUUUCUCCCAAGAUCCAUCCUGCAUCCAGAAACUAAGAAAAAUUGUUUUUAAUGCCUAUGUUUCCAAUGUGUGUCAGAGCAUGGACCAUGUAGGCGGCAGUUUCUUUUCACUCUCACUGAAUCGCCAGGUGAAUAUUGACCCAGCUUCUACUUUAGCUGAUAGUCAAGUCCAACCACAAUGGCUAGUUUAUACCAACUAUUUAAAAACACACAAAGAUUUUAUACAAGGAAUUACAAUAGUUGAGGAAGACUGGGUCUUAGAGGUUAUACAGAAAGGCAAAAUGAAAAAGGCCAACAUUUGUAAAAGCCAGCUAGUGCACAGGGAAGAGGUUGGUGCCUCAGUUUUUAACUGUAUGGUUGGUCCUCUGUAUGUGAAGCUACAGAGCCUUGAAGAUACCCUGGCACAAUCUGGUAUGGCCAAUGUUAUGGUGGAAGCUGAUAGGUACUUGGGCACUUUGGAUGUUUACUCUUCUUCUCCCAUGAGUCAGGAAACCAUCAGGCAUCUUCAGAUUUUGAAGGCUGAUGUGCUCAACACGUUGCACCAGGAAGAAGCAGAAGUUCCUUUUGUGAAGAGUUCUGGGAAUAGCCAGAGUGGAUUUAGAGCUCUCUUUGGUCUGGGAGGGAAUGUAAAGACUUUACUGUUCCCAGAUCAAAGUGACACUGUAACAAUUAGGAAAGUGAGGCGAGGGACAACAGAGGAGGAAAUCAGAAAUAAAUUCAAAGCUUUUGGAGUGAUCAAAGAAUGUGUUAGUUACAAAGGCUCUGAGCCCUGGGGCCAUGUUAGGUACAGCACAUGUUUGGAAGCAGAUAUGGCAGUCCACGCUACUAGGAGUGAUGCUUCCAACAUCGCAGAAUUAAAAACCAACAGUGCUUAUAGAAGAAUCAGGAGCAAAUUUGAAGCCCGGCUGUCCUGGAGGUCCAUUCUUUUGGGCAAGUGGUUAACCUUGCCUGACAGGAGAGUUCUCAUUGAAGAAUCAACUAGAAAACAAAUGACACUCAAUUGCUUCAACACUGGAGAUGCCUCUGAAAGGGACAUCAAGAAAGCAAUCAUGGCUCUACUGGAUUAUGAUGAAUCUAAGGAAAACAAUAUCCAUGUCAGGCUACUUAGACAGAAGGUUGCUGCUUUGUCCAAGCAGGAAUUAAAUCAAGUUAAGCGUUUGAUUAGUGAGCAAUUCCAGAGGUUUAUGUCUGAGAGUUUUAAUGUCUCCUUGGUGCCUGUCAAGGAUUCCUCCAUUCAUCAGGUAGCUAUCAUCCACUUCAACAACCCUGUUGCAGGCUUUAAAGCCUGCAAACAGGCACAAGGGCAACUUUUUCUAGGAACACAAAACAUUGAGAUCUGUCCCAGUUUGAAAACAACAGUUAAUGUAGCCCAACCCAUCAUGGAUGUGCUCAAAUCUGAAAUAAAUGAAAUCAUUACUGACCUGAAGAAAGAUAAAGGUGUGGAGAUCAUACAGAGAGAAAAGAAACAAGGGGAUUUUGCUUUAGAUAUUCUGUCUUCUAGGCCGGAACUUCUGGUUGAAGCAAGAGAUAUACUGCAAAAGGAGCUGGAAGGUUUGACCGUGGAAUGUAGGGGAAACGACAUCCUUAAAAUACUUGUCAAAGCACAAGGAGAGAAGCUUUUGGAAGAAGUUGAGAAGAGCCACUCUGUGGUGAUCAUUGUUGACAGCCGCAAGGAGAGGAUCCAUUUCUAUGGAACUGCAGAAAAUGUGACCAAUGCUCAGAAUUAUAUCAAGGAAUAUCUAAAUAAACUAGGCAGGAACAAAAAGGAUAUCUCUUUGAGAGAUUCAAGAUAUCCACUGGGCAUAUUGAAAGUUCUGGCAAAUUUGUACGGCUCAUGGCCAGAUGGAGUCGUUGAUCAGCUUGAACUGAUAGAUAUUGAUACCAACUUAAAACAAAAACAGAUCACUUUGUUGGGUGAGAGUGGUGCAGUAGACAGAGCACUAGCCACCAUUAGUGACCUAGCCGUGUCAUACCUGUAUGCUCAAGGUCCACAGGAAGGUCCAUGGAUGCCCUACUGUAUCAUGUGCAAGUGUCCAGUGUCUGAUAAAUCUGACUUGUACAGACUUGAGUGUUGUGGACACUGCUACUGUGUAAUGUGCUUGAUUAUAAGCAUGAAUGCCUGUGUUGAAGGCAGAGAUUUCCCCCUUACAUGUGCUGUUGAAAGCUGCAAGUCACCUUUGGCCUGGAGGGACUUGAAAGCUUUCUUUGAGAAUGAAUGGCUCCUGUCUGACAUCCUAGUGACCAAGUCUAUUGACCACUUUGUGCUGAAUCAUUCAGACAAAUACAAGUUUUGUUUGACCCCUGAUUGUCCAGUUGUGUAUGAGGUCACAAGCACAGAGGAGGGGUCAGAAUUCAAUUGCCCAGUUUGCUCUCUAAGUGUCUGCACAUCAUGCCACACCAUCUACCAUGUUGGUCUCAAUUGCAAAAUGCAUGCAAGCAUAUAA